GCAAGUUAUCUAUUCUCUCUGUCUCUCUCUCUCCCUCUUUUUCUGAUCCGAGUGCCUAGCUAGACUCGUCAGAGAGUCUCGGACAUUGAAACGCCGCCAAGGUUUCUCUCACCCUUAAGGCACUCUUUGGGAUACAAAACCAAAGGCCCAAAACCUUUACUUUUCCUUUCGUCGUGUUUUUAGUUCGACCAUGGACGUUGAUCCCCGCCACUACGAGCACGUUGCUAUCAAUGACGAUGACGUCCGCAACGUUGUUCUAUCAUAUCUUGUUCACAAUUGCUUUAAUGAAACCGUAGAUUCAUUUGUUGCUUGCACUGGGAUGAAGCAGCCUGCUGAUUAUCUUGAGGACAUGGAGAAAAGAAAAAGAAUUUUUUGUUUUGCCCUGGAGGGAAAUGCACUAAAGGCCAUUGAGCUGACAAAUGAGCUGGCACAUGACUUGUUAGAAAAAAAUGAGGACUUGCACUUUGAUCUAUUGAGCAUUCAUUUUGGUGAACUUGUCCGCUCUAGAAAAUGCACAGAAGCUUUGGAGUUUGCUAUGACGAGGUUUACCACUUUUGGGAAGGUGGAAAAGUACAUUGAAAAACUUGAAGACUUUAUGGCACUGCUUGCGUAUGAAGAGCCAGAUAAAUCCCCAAUGUUUCAUCUGCUUGGCUUGGAGUACAGGCAGCAAGUUGCAGAUAAUUUGAAUCGGGCAAUUCUAGCACACAUGAACCUGCCCAGCUACACAGCAAUGGAGAGGCUGAUACAACAGACAACAGUAGUUAGACAAUGCUUAAGUCAAGAGAUUGGCAAGCAGGAUGCGCUUCCACCAUUUUCCUUGAAGGAUUUUCUCAAAAGCUAAUAAAUGGAUGAAUGUGUUUGAAGCAUUGCCGGCCAGGGUGGUGGAGGCAUAUUCAGCUUGAGCUUUUGUUGCCGUGUAUAUGCAUUAUUUGGUGUAAGGUUUGGUCGUGACUAAAAAGGAGUCAUCAAUGCAGCUCAUCUGUAAAAGAGAGCGAGUGUGCUGUCUCUUGUAUUUGUUUUCCUGCGUUUAGUGAGAGGCAUUCCUCUUUCUCUCGCAUGCUCAAGGAGAAUCAUGAUUGCCCUUAACUUCGUGCAAAAUGGGCUUGUCUUAAUUAGCAAUUUAGUUUAUCCACAUGUGUGGCUUGUAUAUGUUGCCUUGCUUAUUACAGACAUUAGAGAAUCCAGAAUAUUUUGUAAUCUCAGGUUUUCUAUUGAUAUCUACCCUAAGGAUUUCAGUUUUGUUGCUUAA